AUGCCGACUCAAGACAACUUAUUUGGCGUCAAGCCUGCACAGCAAGUACCGCACAAUGAAGGCCCCUACCACACAGAGAAAGGCGUCUAUCACUCCACGGCGAUUCACGGUGCCGAACUAACGGCCAACCUCGAGGCAAAGAUCAAGAACCCCCUCGCCGGCAUACCCAAGCACGAACUCAUGGCCCAGGUGGAGGACUUUGCUGAUGAGAAGUGCCUUGCCGAGUACACUGACUUGCUGAAGAAGGGCGCUUUGAUCGCCCAAGACCCCGAGAACUACGAGGGUAUCCCGGGAGAGAAUCAACUCACUCAAGAUGAAUGUGAUGCCCUUCAGGCCGAAGUGCAUCACAAAUGGAGGGUUCCCAGGAUGCUCUUUGUGACAAUGAUAACCUGCUCAAUCGGGGCUUGUGUCCAGGGCUGGGAUCAGGAAGGCAGCAAUGGCGCGAAUCUCUCCUUUCCCCAGGCCCUUGGGAUCGAUUUGAGCAGUACAUAUGGAACCUAUAUACAAGGUCUGAUCAACUCCGGUCCUUAUAUCGGCAGCGCGCUGUUCGGAUGGGCCAUCUUCAUUGCGGCGAACUUUUGCUGUUGGCCUGUGAUUGGCAGUGCCUGCGCUCAAACCUGGCAGCAGCUUCUUCUUUGCCGUCUCCUUGUGGGAAUCGGGAUGGGCGUAGAGGGAAGCACUGUCCCCAUUUUUGCCGCCGAAAACUCUCCUGCUGCUAUCCGCGGUGCUCUUGUCAUGAGCUGGCAGUUGUGGACUGCGUUCGGCAUUUGUCUUGGAACCUGCGCGAACCUUGUCGUCGGUAGGACCGGCGUGAUCUCGUGGCGGCUCCAGUUUGGCAGCGCCUUCAUCCCAGCUAUCCCUCUGAUGGUUCUCAUCUUCUUCUGCCCCGAGUCGCCUCGUUGGUACAUGAAGAAGAAUCGCUACCCACAAGCAAUGAAGUCACUUCUCCGACUCCGCAAUCACGCCGUCCAGGCAGCUCGAGACCUUUACUAUAUCCAUGCUCAGCUCGAGGUUGAGAGGGAGAUCAUACACGGCUCGACGUACAUUCAGCGCUGUAUCGAACUGUUCACCAUCCCGCGCCUCCGACGCGCCACCUUGGCCUCUUUCGUCGUGAUGAUCGCCCAGCAAAUGUGCGGGAUCAAUAUCAUCGCAUUCUAUUCAUCCACCAUUUUCGAGCAAGCCGGAACCUCUGCUUACAUCGCCCUUAUAGCCUCGUUUGGCUUCGGUCUUGUCAACUUCGUCUUUGCCUGGCCUGCUAUCUGGACCAUUGACACCUUUGGUCGGCGGUCUCUACUCUUGUUCACAUUUCCAAACUGCCCUUCGUAUAUUCCGCCGAAGUCUUUCCCGUUGUCUCACCGUGAGGUCGGAAUGGCCUGGGCCGUCGCAACCUGUUUCUUCUGGGCGGCUGUUCUCACGGUAUCUUUCCCCGCCAUUCUCAAGGCUCUCGGCGUCAUCGGCGCUUUCUGCCUGUACGCAGGAUUCAACCUGGUCGCCUUUGUUAUGAUAUUCUUGUGCGUGCCAGAGACGAAGCAGCGCACUCUCGAGGAGCUGGAUUAUGUAUUUGCUGUGCCCACCCGCACCUUCAUCAAUUAUCAGCUCAAGACCUGGCUGCCCUGGUUUAUCAAACGCUAUGCGUUUCUUGACAAGAGUGCGAAACUCGAACCACUGUAUCAUUUUGAUCGUGUUGGAAGAUUUGUGAGCGGGGAGAGCGACACGACCGACUCGAAAGCACGGGAUGACGCAAGGGAGGAUCAGAGCGACGAAAAAGCAUAA